AUGUCGGCGGCGGAUUUCGAUGACAUUUUCGGGGACGAUCCGAAGAUGGACGCGACUGCAGCACCCACCUUGACGAAUGCUAAUCUGGACGACGACGAAUUGUUCGGAGAACCGAGUGGCAAAGUUAGUAAACCUGCUGAGACUGCAGGUGCUCAACCUGCUCACGGAUCAAACUGGGAGCAUAUUGGAAGUCGCGAACAGGAUGAAUUUCUGUCGUGGCUCGAUGACGGAGGGGUUUCCCCGACGGCAACGACAGCAGAUACUUCAACCCCAGACACACCACCGUCGUCAUCGGACUUUGUCCCUCCACCUGCACCUGUGCGUUUAGCUGCUGUUUCCGAAGCCUCAUUUGCUAGCGUCUCACUCGACGAUAACGACCAUUUCGAUGAGAUGCUAGACGGCACUAGCAACGGCAAACCUGCACCGACAACUACGUCUGAUGCGCCAAGCAGUUUAUCUUUUGAUCAUAACGAUGAUCUCGACCGCAUGCUAGACGGUGUUAAUGCACAACCGAGAUCCAACGAGCAUACUCCAACUCCAGCAGCUACAGUUGGCAGCAUUGCACUAGACGCCGACGACGAUCUUGAUCGAAUGCUGCAGGGCACCACUUCACAAGCAAGUGUGACAUCAAACUCUAUCUCGUUUGACGAUGACGAUGACCUGGAGCAGAUUGUUAAAAGCGCUGGCGCAAGUACCUUUGUUCCAGGUGCUCCUGUAGGUAAUAUCUCGCUUGAUGAUGACGACGACGACGACCUUGAGAAGAUUGUCCAGAAAGCGAGCAAGCACGCCAAUCCAAGUAGCUCGCGUGAGAACAGCAGCUCGUCGUUGCAGAUCAAAAGUCAGGUCCAGACGCCGCACAAGGUUCAAAUCGAUGUGUUGGCAGUGCGACAGACAUUCCUUGAGACAGGAGAACUCCCAGCAAGCUCUCGGCUUGCACUUUGGCAACGAGCUGUCCAGCCCGGAGCAGAGGAUUCGGCUUCGAUGUAUGCGGUCCAGACAACUUCACGCUCACUUCCAAGCCAAGCCUUGCUGCGUAAGGAGGUGGAAGCCUUGUGCUCACGUAUAUUUUCGAGUGCAGCUCACGCGCGUAUUCUUCGUGAAAUGGGUGACAACAUGCGUGGCACCCACUUGCUCUUCAUUGACAGUGCUGAAACACUGCUCACUCACCUGUGCAGCCAACUCAAUAUUGACUACUUCUCGGAAAUGGCCCUUACCUUCGCACCGCUGUUGAUUGCGAGUGGCAGUGAACCUCUUCACCCUGAAACAGUGGAGACACUCGCAGCUACAUGCCGUCGAUUUCUGCCGCACAUCAGCCAGAAGAUUCCCCUCCGUUCAUCAACUACCUGUCGACGUCCGCUACUCAAGCGAAUGUUGCUCUACCAUGCGCCACGACUUGCUUCUCACUUGAACGAGCACUUCCCAACGUGGAAUCAAGCGCCUCCCGAGGAAUGCGAUGAAACCAAUGACAGUGGCGCUAUCCCAGACUCGUGGCUUGCAUCCCUCUUCGAGGGUGAAAAUAUUGUAAGUGAUCUUGCCAACUUCGACUUCUUGCUCAAGGUUUGGGACUGCAGUUUGGUACUGGAAGCUUUCUCUCUGAAAGAGAACGUGCCACUUACGACGGGAUGUUUCAUCGCACUUUAUGCCAUUGUGACGGCUGAAAAACCGUUGAUGCGCAUGCAAGGCGAGCAACUUCGCCAUUGCAUGGCGUCGACUCUCUUUGACACGCUGCUCCGCGGCGAGGCGACGAAAAACAAGGUCUUUAUCCAAGGUAUUUGUCACUUAAUGGAAUCCACGCCAUCAUGCAUCUGUGCUAAACUUCGCAGUUCCGGCGUGCCACCACCAGUGGUCGAUAACGAUGUAAAGUCUGCAGAUGCUCAAGCGCCAGGAACUUCCAGCAAUUUCGGGAUGAACAACCUGCUGUCGGCGUCGACACAAGGAUUGAAAGAUGUGUCGAACUUGAUGAUCGACAUGCCGGUGAAGUUGAUGAUCGAUAUGCCCGUCAAGUUACUCACAAUGGUCCCGCUAAAUCCCAUGGCAGCUUUGUCGUCUCCGACAUCCAGUUCACUGACGGAUUCUCCAGAAGCGCAACAGCUUUUCUAUCUCCACGUGCAGGCAAUGGACGUAGCUUCUGUCGCUGUAACGCUGGAGGUUAGUGAAGUCAUUCCAUCGGUAUUUGGAGGCAUUCAAGGCCACGAAACUGGAUCACUUCGCUACUUCAUCGUGGACUGCCGUGGCCAAGAGGAUAUGAGGCGUGGCCAAGUUCCUACUGCUUUCCACUUUGACCCGGAUACUAUCUCCGACCCUGCUGUGCUUGAUCAAGUUCUCGCUAUAAUGGGUCCCCUAAAAAGCGCUGGAGUGCACAUUUGCGUUAUGGGGCAAGGACAUGCGCACAUUGCUGAGGAGCUGCGUCAAUUCCAGCAGAAACAAGGUGUGGCAUCAGCUUCACCGUUCUCCUUGAGCGAAGAAUUCCUCGAGACGUACGCGAAUGACCAGACACGAGUUCAAUCCACGAUCGAGUUCUUGCUGAAGCACGAGUUCCCACGCGUGAGUGUCCUAGAUGGAGGUUACUCUGCUGCUCAUGGGUAUCUCUUCCGCUCUUGCAGCUUAACUGUGGACGACCUGGCAGACCACGACACUCCCAACUGCAAACUGUGCCAGCAUGACCGAAGCAUGGAAGCUGUUAUUCCUCCUGUUGCUGGAGCCUCGAACGUGGGAAUCGUUGAAGAAAAGAAGGAGUCUGUGCAUAACUCUGACUCAGUUUUUGCAGCGAGUGCACGGACUGGAAGCUCAAGAACGAGUGAGGCCUCCUCAAGCAUCACCAUGGACGACUCUGGCUUCACGGAUAUCAACCUCUCUUCUCCUCCUGCCAACAUCAAACACCCUCUGGCCGGUUCGUACUACUCGAGCUUUACAGGAGCCUUCAAAACCGGUGGCAAAACACUCCUGAGUCCGACGAUGGACGGCACGAAAUGGCUCCUUAAGAAAUCUGCCGCUACCACCGCUGAGUUUGCCAACGCUGCAGCCAACAUGGGAAACAUGGGCAAUAAGACCCGUACUGGAAGCAUGAAAGAUACUGCCGCAGCAAGCAAGACCCCGGGUACUCCUCCUAAAGAGGCAAAGCCAGCGAUGCCGAAUCUGAGCAAAUGGCGUAACUCGCUGGUAGCGAUGGGUUCUGAAAGUCUGGACAUGCUCAAGAAAGUGGAGUCAGCAAUGGAGCACGCCGUCGAGCAAGCCGCUGUCGCUACAACAGCGACCACAGCUAAGGUCAGGGUCCCGUUCCCGUCAACCUUUUCGCCUACCACAAAGGAAGCAGGAGCCGUGCCAUCACCGCCAGCAAAGGCGCCAGGUGCCAGCACAAGUCCCGCUAGUACGCCUCCUGCUCCGCGAGCUUCUCUUUCAGCUGACCCUGCUCACAGUAAAUUUUUCCACGAGUCCACAGACGAGAUGUUCACGAUCGAUGACGACGAUGACGAAGAUCAGGAGGGACACUUUGUUCAAGACGUCGAAUCAAGCGAAAGUCGAUCACCUUUGACGUCAAGUUUCGCGAGAGAUUCUCCUGUUGGUGCUAGUGUUGCUGGACCUAUUCGCGAAGUUGUCAAGGGUCAAGUUAAUGAGCUGAAGAAAGGUAUGACGGUGAGUCGCACGCAAAUGUUGCCAUGCGUGAGUAGCCCAUUCUUCGCCUGCUACAAAAAGAAGGCACCUACCGGAAAUGCAGGUGCUAAUUCCCAUGCUAGCAUGCAUCCUCGCCGCGUUGUCGUGAUGGAGAACCAUCUCGUGGUACUGAAAUCUGCUACCCGCAAUGAGGACGACUUGUUCAUCGUAAAAUCUUGCCACCCGCUGUCGCACGUUACACGAAUGACCUGCCUCAAGAAGAACGCGCUAAUGGUGAGUAUCUACUACAAGUGGAAGGCUGACAACGGACAGAUUAUGGAGAAACGCAAUUCGUACGAGGUCCAGCAGCGUGAUGACUUCAUCAAGGCUGUUAAGACAACCAUGGAAAAGAUGUAG